CACACAGUCCGGAAGUUCCUUUCAAAAUUAAACGUCGAUUCAACGCUCUGCUCCUGAAAGACGCUGCUCUGCCUCGCGGAGCUUUUUACAGCUCAACUUUAUUUAAAUCAUUUCACAACAACAACAACAACAAUAAACCAUUUCAUAACAAAACGUGACAUAGAUUAAAGCACCCAUCAGUAGAAAAAUUCAUGAUUUCUUUAUCGUCAUUAAACAAAAAUACAGAAAUUUGACAAAUACAGUCAUUACACAAAGAAGUUUAACAUUGUGGGUUAUAUGAUGGAGCUGCUGUCGUCCAUUGUGAUGUAAUGUACUGAUUUUAACAGUACAACAAAAACAAAAUCACAUUAAUACCAAGUCAUAUACAAAGGUCAGAGAGCUUCCACCGGUGAGGAUGAUUGACAGCUCAGUAACGUUCACACCUGAGUUCUCUUACGACUGACAUCAGCUCGUGAGGCUGCGCUGAUGAUUGGUCAGCUCCAUCUGAUCGACAGAUGUUCGAGGCACAUCACUGUGACCCCAGAGACCAGGGUUCACAUCCAGAAUCCUGUGUGUUUAGGUUAGGUUGUCUCUUUCCUGGACCAGGUGCUGUGAGAGUCUGAACAGAACCAGAAGCCAGUUCAGUGAUGCUGAAGUCACUUCAAGUCGAUCUUACUGUCAGAAAGACAAAGAAAACUCCUGCACACGAAUCAGUGGAUUCAAUUUUAUGUCAUGAACUGCUGUGAGACCAGGUUUCCAGGUGUCUGCCUCAGGUAAUGAACCCUCAGGACGAUCAACAUUAGCUGGAGAGGAGAUAACGGACAGAAAGACUUUUGAUUGACUGAAAUAGCAGCAGCUUGUUGGACUGGUGUCUCAGGCUGCAGAGCCAGAGCGUCCUGAUCCUGGGAUGAGCAUUCAUUCUGUUAAUGUUUGACUCCAGUUGUUCCAGAUUGUUAUUUCAAAGUUCAACGCUGCUCUGUGAUCACAUUUCAUUAGAGAAGGUGUCAGAUCAGCUCAGACUCAGUGAAUCAGCAGACUCUGUUUGAAGCUGCAGUUUAUUUUUACCUUCAGUCGUCGACUUCGUGCAGAUUCGUUUUUACCGUCAGGAGCACCAGACACGGGGACGUUCAGCCCUGGUUUUUGGAACUGACAUUCCUUCCUUACUGUUCCAGUUAUGUUGUGCUGAAAAAGCUUUCACUGCCUGGAUCACAGGACUGAGUGCAGCAGGAGGGGGCUCUGCUAUGAGUCAGUGUGAGGACACAGAGGAGGGAGUCCCUCCCUCUAAAACCAGUCUGCAUAGGGACCAUGAGAUCCAGACCAAAGCUCAGAGGAAGAUCCACCAGCAGAGACAGGACUCUCCUGCAUCCAGCUGUGUGUCCAUGCAGAGUGACCGGUCUAAGGGUCGACCUGUUGACUUCAGACAUGGACAACAGUCAGCUGAUCCAGGGAGGGUCCACCAGCAGAGACAGGACUCUCCUGCAUCCAGCUGUGUGUCCAUGCAGAGUGACCGGUCUAAGGGUCGACCUGUUGACUUCAGACAUGGACAACAGUCAGCUGAUCCAGGGAAGAUCCACCAGCAGAGACAGGACUCUCCUGCAUCCAGCUGUGUGUCCAUGCAGAGUGACCGGUCUAAGGGUCGACCUGUUGACUUCAGACAUGGACAACAGUCAGCUGAUCCAGGGAAGAUCCACCAGCAGAGACAGGACUCUCCUGCAUCCAGCUGUGUGUCCAUGCAGAGUGACCGGUCUAAGGGUCGACCUGUUGACUUCAGACAUGGACAACAGUCAGCUGAUCCAGGAGUCCAGCAGCAGAGCUCAGAGGCUCUCAGAGGUCAGUCUGCCCAGCAGCAUCAAACAGACCUGGACUCCAUAUUUAAGCUUCUGGAGGAGAACGUUGUCAGUUUCGUGAAGAACGAGCUGAAGAAGUUCAAGAGGUCUCUGAGUCCAGAUUACCCAGAAUGCUCAGAGUCUCAGAGGGAGGAUGAGGAGGUGUUGGGCAGUGAGGAUGAAGAGCAGAGGAGGAGCAGCAGAGAGUCGUUUCUGAAGAUCACAGUGAACUUCCUGAGGAGAAUGAAGCAGGAGGAGCUGGCUGACUGUCUGCACAGCAAAAAUUUUGCUCCACGGUGUCAAAGUAAACUGAAGAAAAACCUGAAGGAGAAGUUCCAGUGUGUGUUUGAGGGGAUCUCUAAAGCAGGAAACCCAACCCUCCUCAAUCAGAUCUACACAGAGCUCUACAUCACAGAGGGAGGAGCUGCAGAGGUCAAUGAUCAGCAUGAGGUCAGACAGAUCGAAACAGCAUCCAGGAAACCAGACAGACCAGAAACUACCAUCACACAACAAGACCUCUUUAAAGCCUCACCUGGAAGAGACGGACCAAUCAGAACAGUGAUGACAAAGGGAGUGGCUGGCAUUGGGAAAACAGUCCUAACACAGAAGUUGACUCUGGACUGGGCUGAAGACAAAGCCAACCAGGACAUACACUUCACAUUUCCAUUCACGUUCAGAGAGCUGAAUGUGCUGAAAGAGAAAAAGUUCAGCUUGGUGGAACUUGUUCAUCACUUCUUCACUGAAACCAAAGAAGCAGGACUCUGCAGGUUUGAAGACGUCCAGGUUCUGUUCAUCUUUGAUGGUCUGGAUGAGUGUCGACUUCCUCUGGACUUCCACAACACUGAGAUCCUGACUGAUGUUACAGAGUCCACCUCAGUGGAUGUGCUGCUGACAAACCUCAUCAGAGGGAAACUGCUUCCCUCUGCUCGCCUCUGGAUAACCACACGACCUGCAGCAGCCAAUCAGAUCCCUCCUGACUGUGUUGACAUGGUGACAGAGGUCAGAGGGUUCACUGACCCACAGAAGGAGGACUACUUCAGGAAGAGGUUCAGAGAUGAGGAGCAGGCCGGAAGGAUCAUCUCCCACAUCAAGACUUCACGAAGCCUCCACAUCAUGUGCCACAUCCCGGUCUUCUGCUGGAUCACUGCUACAGUUCUGGAGGAUGUGUUGGAAAGCAGAGAGGUAGGAGGGCUGCCCAAGACCCUGACUGAGAUGUACAUCCACUUCCUGGUGGUUCAGUCCAAACUGAAGAAAGUCAAGUAUGACAGAGGAUCUGAGACGGAUCCACACUGGAGUCCAGAGACCAGGAAGAUGAUGGAGUCUCUGGGGAAACUGGCUUUUGAGCAGCUGCAGAAAGGAAACCUGAUCUUCUAUGAAUCAGACCUGACAGAGUGUGGCAUCGAUAUCAGAGCAGCCUCAGUGUACUCAGGAGUGUUCACACAGGUCUUUAAGGAGGAGAGAGGACUGUACCAGGACAAAGUGUUCUGCUUCGUCCAUCUGAGUCUUCAGGAGUUUCUGGCUGCUCUUCAUGUCCAUCUGACCUUCAUCAGCUCUGGAGUCAAUCUGCUGUCAGGAGAACAAACAAAAUUCAAGAAAUCAAAACUAUUACAAAUGAAUGUUAAACUAAAACAUCUCCACCAGAGGGCUGUGGACAAGGCCUUACAGAGUUCGAAUGGACACCUGGACUUGUUCCUCCGGUUCCUCCUGGGUCUUUCAUUGGAGACCAGUGAGAAACUCCUCCGAGGUCUGCUGACACAGACAGGAAGUGGCUCAGAGACCAACCAGAAAACAGCCAAGUACAUCAAGAAGAAGAUUAAUGAAAAUCUGUCUCCAGAAAAAAGCAUCAACCUGUUCCACUGUCUGAAUGAACUGAAGGACCAUUCUCUACAGGAGCAGAUCCAACAGUCCCUGAGCUCAGGACGUCUGUCCACAGAUGAACUGUCUCCUGCUCAGUGGUCAGCUCUGGUCUUCAUCCUACUGUCAUCAGAAAAAGAUCUGGACGUGUUUGACCUGAAGAAAUACCCUGCUUCAGAGGAGGCUCUUCUGAGGCUGCUGCCAGUGGUUAAAGCCUCCAGCAAAGCUCUGCUGAGUGGCUGUAACCUGACAGGGAGAAGCUGCAACUCUCUGGCCUCAGUCCUCAGCUCCCAGUCCUGUAGUCUCAGAGAGCUGGACCUGAGUAACAACAACCUGCAGGAUUCAGGAGUGGAGCUGCUGUCUGCUGGUCUGAAGAGUCCAUACUGUACUCUCGAAACUCUCAGGCUCGGUGUGUGCCACCUGGCCAGGAGAAGCUGUGAAGCUCUGUCUUCAGUUCUCAGCUCACAGUCCUCUAAUUUAAAAUAUCUGGACCUGAGUAACAACGAUCUGCAGGAUUCAGGAGUGAAGCUUCUCUCUGCUGCACUCAAGACUUCACAUUGUAGGCUGGAAAUUCUCAGACUAUCGGGCUGUCGGGUGACGGAAGAAGGUUGCAAAUCGCUGGUCUCAGCUCUGAAGUCUAACCCCUCAAGUCUGAGAGAGCUGGACCUGAGCUACAAUCAUCCAGGAGACUCAGGAGUGAAGUUGCUGUCUGCCGGACUGGAGCUUUUACACUGGAGACUGGACACUCUCGGGGUGGAUCAUGCCGGAGCACAGUGGUUAAAACCUGGUCUGAGGAAGUAUGCCUGUGAACUCACACUGGACACGAACUCCACACACAGAAAGCUCAAACUGUCUGAGAACAACAGGAAGGUGACACUGAUGAGAGAGAAGGAGCAGCCUUACCCUGAUCAUCCAGACAGGUUUGACCGCAGGCCUCAGCUGCUGUGUGGUACUGGUAUGACUGGUCGCUGUUACUGGGAGGUGGAGUGGAGAGGAGAGGUUGAUGUCUCGGUGACUUACAGAGGAAUCAGAAGGAAAGGAGACGCUGCUGACUGCAGGUUUGGAAGGAAUGAUCAGUCCUGGAGUCUCAGCUGCUUUGAUGGUGGGUAUUCAGUCUGGCACAAUAACAAGGAAACAUCAGUCCCUCUCCCUCCGUCCUCCUCCUCUGUCUCUCACAGAGUAGCAGUGUAUGUGGACUGUCCUGCUGGCUCUCUGUCCUUCUACAGCGUCUCCUCUGACUCACUGAUCCACCUCCACACCUUCAACACCACAUUCACUCAACCUCUGUACCCUGGGUUUGGGUUUGGGUUCGGGGUGGAGUCUCUGAUGCUGUCAUUAGACUCCUCAGUGUCUCUGUGUCCAGUGUAGGACGGACAGUCUCCCUGUCCCUGUGCACAGAACUGCUCUGCUGACUGAAUCAAGCCUGUCUCAGACAAUUACAUUUCAUGUAUUAAGACAAUGGAACAUUUUUUUUUUGUUGUUGUUGUUGCUAAUUAACGAUUCUAAGACGUCUUGACAUUUUUACAUUGAACUUAUUAGUAAAUAUGAUUUCUGACGUUUGUUUCUGCUAAAACAUUGGACUUCAAAAUAAAAUACCUGCUUGUAAAAAGUGUUUUUCCCUUUGUUCAGGUGCUAACAGCACUCAGUCCAAGGUUGAUGAACUUUUCACUGUUCUUAAAACAUA